AUGGUGGGAGUUUGCGUGUUUGCAGUGUUGCUGUUGCAGCGGGUUGCUGCCGACAUUCAUGCCGCGGUCCGUUCGAAUGAUCCGACAAAGAUCCAGGAAGCGCUGUCAUCUGGAGAAGACAUUAACCUACUGGGCCCAGGAGGUCAAAGUCCAUUAAUGCACGCGGUGCUGACUGGCAAUGCGAAUGCAGUCAAGUUUUUGCUGGAGCAACGUGCCGAUACCUCCGUCCCUGAAAAAGAUGGAUACACUCCCAUGCAUGGGGCAGGUUUCCAGGGAAGGGCAGAGAUUGCGAAGAUGUUGAUUGCCCAUGGUCUUGACCCCAGCGAGAGGCACAAAGAUGGCUUCACUCCAAUGCACAGAGCAUGCUGGGGCACGGAACAGCGCCACGCCGAUACAGUGAGGGUCUUUCUGAAAGCGGGUGUACCUUUCGAUGAAGCCGCGAGCAAUGGGCAGAAGCCGUUGGACAUGGCUCAAAAAAAUCCCGCAACUUUGAAGCUGCUGCAAAAGAGGGCGGACAAGGCAAGCAAGAAGGAGAAGGUCUGGGUCUCCGCUGGCACCAGUCGAGCUCUCUGGUGGACCAGCCUGAGUGACCAGCUCCUUCAGGUGGCUGUGAAACACCAGGGCUCUCGGACCUCGUGGUGCCAGCCCUUUGAGCUGAAAGAGUCCAGAAUAGGCGCCUACCCCGUCACCUUGAAAGCACAGGCGCAGUCUCGCUUCCUGCUCUGCGUGUGCAUCGACUUCGAUGCUGCAAGCUGGGCUGCCGGGCAGCUCAACUCUUGUAUCAAAGUUUACUGGCAUCGUUGGAAAGUAUGUAACGCGCACUUAACCGCCACGUCGAAGCAACCGUGGGCUCUUUCAUUGCAUUCCGUGGCAGAGACGUCGUCCCAGACAACUGACCGUGUGACCUUCAAGCUCGUUGCUGGCACCCUUGUUCGGAGCGGGAUUUGGGAGGAAUGUGCUGCGCUUCUUCAGUUCCUGCGGUCGUGGAGAUGUAGUGAACAGGCCAUGCCAUUGACCUCUCUCGUCAAUGCGUUCGGGCGAGAGAUGCUGUGGAGCCGAGCUGUUUACAUCAUGUCUAGCUUUGAGAGAGACCUGGGAGCUUGCUCCGCGGCCGCAAGUGCUUGUGAGAAAGCGUCCAUCUGGAAACAAGCCUUGGGGCUUUCAGGCCUUCUUGCUGAGUCUGGCCUCAGGAGUGAUAUUGUUUGUUGGAAUGUGAACCUCAGCGGCUUGGCAAGCGCGAGCAAGUGGACGGAGGCGUUGGGGACCUUACGCGCGGCAGCCAAGUCCAGUCUAAAACCAGACGUAGCAACUUUUGGUGCGACGGUGGACGCAGCAGCCACAGGCGGUCAGUGGCCCGUGCUUCUGGUUCUGCUCUCCCGGCGCAGCCGAAAAAUCGAUGCAGCAGCCUGCAGCACAGCACUGCGCGGCCUAGCGGGUAACCCUUGGAGAGCAGGGACUCUGGUUCUGGAAGCUGCUGUGCGGGAUUCUUUGCGGCCAGAUUUGAGAAAUUAUGCAUCCCUUCUCAGUGCUGUGCCGUCACAAGCCUGGCUGCAGGGCGUGCAGGCACUUCCGCAGCUGGUGACACUGAACGCCUUACAGGCCCUGCAUUCCCCGUCUUAUUUGUCACUGUCUGCUGCGCUGUUUCAAAGCUUAGGUGAGUGCCAGAAUUGGAGCAGGGCAUUGGUGCUGUUCUCAUUCUUGCAGAGGUCUGAAAUGCUGAGCUCUUCCGUUUUGGCCAAUGCCAUGGCAUCCUUGCAGGCGGCCGGCCGACGGAAGCAAGCCUUGGCUCUGUGCAGACGGGCGCAGAAGGACACCGUCCAGCUCGACACUGCGUCACUGUCUGUUGUCCUAUCCCUCUGUGAUCGAGCAGAUUUCUGGCAAAGCUCCUUGCGUUUUCUGUCCGACUGGACUGGGCAGCUGGCGGAAGUCACGUUGGGUGCAGCGGUUGGCUCCUGCUCCAAAGGUCACCAGUGGCCAUCUUGUGCUAGUCUCUUGCACGGUAUGCAAGCACCAGGAUGCAUGUCUCUCGCGGCCAUGAAUUCCCUUAUUGAUGCAGCAGCAAAAUCUUCGGAUUGGCACGUAGCUCUUUACAACCUGGUGCGCAUAGCACAGAAUGGCCUCGAGCCCGACCUCACUUCCGUCAACUCUGCGCUCCCAGGCUUGAACACACAGGAUUGGGUGCGUGCCAUUACGGUUACGUCCCAGCUCUUGCAGCGUCAGCAACCAGACGCCAUCACGGCAAUGGGGCUGCUUGCGAUGUUUGAAGAGGCUUCGUGUUGGACCCGGGUAGCUCCUCUUCUGGAUGAGCUAGGUAGCAAGGCUGCUUUGUGCGAAUCCCGAAGCCAAGCUAUGGCUUGCAUGGACGACCUACUGCACGCAGACAAGCUGCACGUCAAGGUUUCCCAGAUGUUGUACCGGUUGGUGCUGGCCCCAGCCAUGCCCAUACUUUCUACCAUGCACAGGUCCAAACUCGACGUGUCUCCACCGGAGUUGCAAGUGCAUAGUUUCGGUGCUCACUUUACUGGCGCCGCAUUGUCAACACUUCGCUUGACUGCCCAUGGAUCUGCCUUCUGGCUGCCCAUGGUUCGCCGGGAGACACGAAGAGUCAGUCAGCCGCCAGGGCCAGGGGCAACCCAGACCCAGCAGGCGUCCGCCCGCCUGGUAACAGCAUCGGCGGCACAUUCGAUCUGUCCUCAAACAGUUCGCCAGCGAAGUCUGGGACACCGAGGCGAGGCCGUGGAGAAUGCUCUUCACGCAAGGUUGAUCCCAAUUUUCGUCGAGCACGAUCGCAGCCUUCAUGCAGAGCGGCAUGCGCUUUUAGCUAUCCUCUUCGACUUACGUUUCCACUGGUUCAGCUGCAUGCCAGCAUGGAAGGCGUUGGCGAGGACCCAGCAUACACCUUCAGUUUGGCAGACGCCUGAGGAGUACGAAGGGCGCAGCCUGAUUGCUUUCUCCACUGUUUUACGGACCACCGGCGGGAAAUGUCCCGCGGUCGAGGGCUUUGAUGGCAUGCUGCUCCGCCUCACGGUGCAGCGUGCAUCGGAUGUUGGGGAACGUGCUACAGUGCUGGUCGAUCUGAAUCGCAGUGGCGUGCGAAAAGUUCCGCGCUGGUCUGGCAGUACUUCUGGCGCACAUGCUGCACAUGCUCAAGCUCAAAAGAGGACAAAAUCCACCCUCCGUGUGAACGCAACUGUGGUCGUUGCUAUACAUGAUCGUGUGGCUGUGGUCACCGUCAUGCCUGACAAGCCGGCCUCUUUUGCCCCGGUUCCACGACAGGUCGAGGACAGCGGUGGGGAAGAAGUGGAGAGCGAAGAUGCAACCGUCCUAAGAACGUUUACAGGCGAGCUGAAGAUCGACACGCUUCGUGUGGGUCUGGUGGUGGAAGGCAGGUGUGACUUCUCAACUGUGAAAGCUGCACCUCUAAAAGGCGGCAGGUAUUGUCAUCCCGCAUAUGAUGGGUCCUUCGAUGCACGGUUUGGGGUACCGCAGCUGCGCUUGCCAGUAGCUCAGCGUGCUUCCGUGGUCUGCGGCGGCCUGGAGUUGCGGAUUGGGCGCCUGAAGAAGAAGCAGGCGAAGUCGAAGCCUCGCAGAGAAAGUGCCGGCAAGGCCGAGAAACCGGUCUCUGAAAGCGUGGAUGCUUUGCAGACGGGGAAAAUCGAGGAAGCUGGUUGGAAGGGCUUUUGCACAGCCUUUGCCAACAUCCUGGGCAGGGAGCUUGAGUCCAGCUCGCCCGUGCUCGCAGAAACUGAAAUCGAGAAGAAGCUGAAAGCCAGCAAGGAGGAGUCGAAAGCCAAACGGCUUCAAUCCGCAGAGAAUCGGACAGAGAAGGACAGAGGUCAUUCCUUGCCGGACAUCACACAGAAGAACUUCGAAGCGCAGCUUCGUAAGUUUGCCACCCAAGGUGUUGUCCGCCUGUUCAAUGCUGUGCGGGACUACCAGGCACAUGCAACUGAUGACAAAGCCGAGAAAUACGAGGUGAACAAAGUUCCCCUUCACCAACGAGCAAAGAUGAUCGUUGAAAGAAAGAAGGAGACGUUUGCAAAAUCCUUGAACAAGGUCAAAAAGCCAAGGGCGAGUGAUGUCAAGGCGAAGCGAAAAGAACGUCGCGAAGCCUCUUCCAAGGCUAUGAGUCUCGCUGCCGACAACAUAUGGUAA